GGCCCAUGAGAUAUCGGCUGACGUCAGAGCUGUCCUGAUUGCAAAAAUGAUCGGUUGCCCGGACGACGACUUGAUCUCAGUGGCCAGUAGAGGCCAUCAGGAAUCUCAAGGUGCCGCUCCAUUCAUUCAUUAGACGCCGCGUAGGAGAGCCAUCGUGCCGGAUCAAAUAUGACAUAGCGGCUGCUGCUUUAGCAGAAAAGGAGGAGGAGGACUGGGACUCGGCUCAGCGGGGGGCGGCAUGGGCUGUGCACCUAGCAUCCACGUCUCGCAAAGCGGCGUCAUCUACUGCCGCGACUCGGACGAGUCCAACUCUCCGCACCAGACCACCACCACCAUCUCGCAGGGGGGCGGCGGCGCGCUGCACGGCCUCUUCAUCAAGACCGACGCAGCCGAAGCUAUCCCGUCUGUCAUCGCCUACCAGAGCCGACAUUCGAGCUUCAACCUCCGCCAGCGUCGGGACACGGGAGGAGGCACGCACGUCCUCAUCGAGGCCGAGACGCAGACGAGCGACGCCGGCGUCAAGCUUUCUUCUUCAGAACAAUGUGUGGGACCCAUGAGAGUGAACCAGGAGCCCAUUCAGGUCUUGCUGGUGUUCGCCACGGAGGACAACCAGAGCGACGCCUUGUGGUGGGCAUGUGACCGCGCCGGUUUUAGGUGCAACAUCGCCCGGACGCCCGAGUCUGCGCUCGAGUGUUUCCUGGACAAACAUCACGAGAUCGUUGUCAUCGACGGACGCCACCCUCGCUACUUUGAACCCGAGGUUGUGUGCCGUAUGAUCCGUGCCACGAAGCCUUCAGAAAACACUGUUCUUCUUGCCGUUGUGCCACAAAAGCCAUCUGACCAGGACGAAACCUCUGUUCUUCCCCUUCUAUGCGCCGGAUUCAGCCGAAGGUUUGUGGAGAACGCCAGCGUGUUGGCGUGCUAUAACGAACUGAUUCAACUUGAGCACGGAGAAGUGAGAUGUCACUUCAAACUCAGGGCUUGUAACUCGGCCUUCGCGGCUCUCGAGAAGUGCCAGGAAGCCGUGGAGAUCACCAGUGAAGACCACGUCAUACAGUAUGUGAACCCCACCUUUGAGCGCAUGAUGGGCUACUGCAAGGGCGAACUGAUCGGCAAGGAGCUGACAGAGCUCCCGAAGAGCGACAGAAACAGGGCGGACAUCUUGGAUGCCAUCAACAGCUGCAUCGAAAAAGGAAAGGAAUGGCAGGGGGUUUAUUACGCCAGAAAGAAAUCGGGUGACAGCGUGGCGCAACAUGUCAACAUAACGCCUGUCGUUGGCCAAGGAGGGAAGAUCCGACACUUCGUAGCCAUCAAGAGGCCGCACCCGGACAACAACAGUCAAGUGCACAAGUAUAACAAGGAGGAUCGGUGCAGUGUUGAAUACUCCCACUCAGAGUGCCACUCUCUACUCCAUCGUGACAGGAGGAAAGACUCGAUGGAUACCAGAUCACUCAGCUCCCGCAGUAGUGACGCUGCCAGUUUACAGAACCGGAGACACUCUUCCGUCGCCAGGAUUCACUCCAUGACCAUCGAGGCUCCCAUCACUAAGGUGAUCAACAUCAUCAAUGCUGCCCAGGAGAAUAGCCCACUGACGGUGGCCGAUGCUCUGGAGCGCGUUCUCGAGAUCCUGAGGACUGCCGAGCUCUACUCGCCUCAGCUGGCAACCAAGGAGGACGACCCACACGCCAACGACCUGGUCGGCGGGCUCAUGAAUGACGGGCUGCGACGGCUAUCUGGCAACGAGUAUGUUUUCACCAAAAACAUGAGCCAAAGCCAGCUGGCACUUCCUGUUACACUGAGCGAUGUCCCUCAGUCCGUCGCUGACAUGCUUAACGAUGAGGAAUGCUGGGAGUUCAACAUCCUCGACUUGGAGGCGGCCACGCACAAAAGGCCCCUGACUUACCUGGGCCUGAAGAUCUUCACCAGUUUCGGGGUGUGCGACUUCCUCGACUGUACCGAGACAUCGCUUCGCUCCUGGCUGCAGCUGAUGGAGGCCAGCUAUCACUCAUCCAACGCCUACCAUAACUCUACGCACGCCGCUGAUGUGUUGCAUGCGACUGCUUACUUCUUACGCAAGGAGAGAGUCAAGAGCAGUCUAGAUCAGCUGGAUGAGGUGGCGGCGUUGAUUGCAGCCACCGUGCACGACGUGGACCACCCGGGGCGAACCAACUCGUUCUUGUGUAACGCCGGCAGCGAGCUGGCUAUCCUGUACAACGACACGGCAGUGCUGGAGAGCCACCACUCCGCUCUCGCCUUCCAGCUCACCAUGCGCGACGGCAAGAGUAACAUCUUCAAGAACAUAGAGCGGAACCAAUUCCGAACGUUGCGGCAGGCCAUCAUUGACAUGGUGCUGGCCACGGAGAUGACGCGACACUUUGAGCACGUCAACAAGUUUGUCAACAGUAUCAACAAGCCCAUGGCGGCCAUCGAUGAGACUGACACCUGUAGCAUGAACAGCGACCGCGAGGGUCAAACCAACCUCAAGAACUCUCCGGAGAACCGGCUGCUGAUCAAGCGAAUGCUUAUCAAGUGCGCCGACGUGGCCAACCCGUGCAGGCCGCUGGAACUCUGCAUCGAGUGGGCGGGGCGCAUCUCCGAGGAGUACUUUGCACAGACGGAUGAGGAGAAGAGGCAGGGGCUUCCCGUGGUCAUGCCAGUGUUUGACCGCAACACCUGCAGCGUGCCCAAGUCGCAGCUCUCUUUUAUCGACUACUUCAUCACCGACAUGUUUGACGCCUGGGAUGCCUUCGCCAGCCUGCCAGAUCUCAUGGAGCACUUGUCGGAGAACUACAAGUACUGGAAGACUCUGGACGACAUGAAGUGUAAGAGUCUGCGUCCUCCGCCGCCAUCUUGACUGCCAACAUGGAGUCUGUCCUCCUCACCCGGGGGAGACAAGCCUCUCUGAGAGAUUUUAAAAAACAAAUAUAUUUUUUGUACAUGCAGAUCCAAGUACAUUGUGGCUUUCAAACUUUUAAUCAGGAAAAGUAUGCGUGUUGAAACCUGCCACCAGGAAAAGUGUGCAUUGAAAACUUUUACAAGUUUCAAGGGUAACAGGCUUCAACACCCAAACUAUCUGGGUUGGUGACUGUUGAAUCACGCACGUCAUAUAAUGGUACAUUACACCAAUUUUACAGUAUAGUUUAAUAGCGCCAUCUAGUGCAUACAAUAAGUCUCUACAGGCUCUCCGGUUUAAAAAAAAAAAAAAGAGAUUAAUGGUCAUGUUUACAUAACUGAUAAAGUGCCAUGUGAAUGAAAGGAGUAUAUGUGAAAAUCAUGGGAAAAGUAAGUUUGGAAAAUAUGUUUACAUGAUAUUUGUAUUGGAGGAAAAAAGUUACAUAACAUGCAAAUCAGA